UGACACAGAUGUUUGGAUUCCCUGGCGUGAUCUUUCCCUGUGGAUUUGGUUUUGGGGAGAAGAUACUGCAGGGACAUACAUGCAGAGUGGCUCGGCCUCCACGACGUCGACCAGCGCCUCUACGUCUUGGAGCGUCUCGAGGAGCUGGUGAGCCUGCAGGAAGGCCACAACCACGACUUGAACCACCCGCCGCCAGGCUACCGGCGCCCAACACCGGACCACCUCCACCACCCACAGCCGCAAGCCCAGCCACCUCCUCACCCGGGCACCCCGGGGCGCCGGCGUCGCACCAUGAGCCGCCCCCAGCACUGACGGGAGAGAGCGGUGAGAGCAGCCACACAGCUGGCUGUGCAGAAGGCGAGUCAGAGAGAGAAGAUUUUGGGGACGAACUGCAGGAAAUGGCAGUUGAAAUGUUUCGGAAAAAAGCAUCUUCCUCCUUGAGAAUGAGAAGAAUAACAGAAAGCGCUAGAUGGAGUAUAGACCGCGGACGCAGCUCGUCCUUCCAUGAGGUACGUGGUCAGCGCGAGGCAGAGAUGAGGGCCGCAGCUGAGGAGACGCCCAACAGCAGUAGCAGUGUAGGAGGAGGUGGAGGAGGAGGAGCAGGAGGAGGCAGCACCGUCCUACAGCGCCUCCUGCAGGAGCAGAUGAGCCGCAAUUACCUGCUCCAGCAGCAACAACAACAACAACAACAAGGGGGAGGAAGUGGGGGUGGAGGCGGGGGAGGAGGUGUGGGUGGAGGAGGAGGCGGGUACCCAGGGCAGAGCCAGGGACAGGGAGGCCCCUCUGACGAUCACUCCAUGUCGCCCCACAUCGCCCGGCAGGAGCCACAGGGACAGGAGCUGCAGACGGACAGCGGCUUGGAGAAACUGGCUUCGUCCCGUGGGGGUGGUGGGGGCGGCAGCGGAGGCGGAGGAGGUGGAAAUAGUGUUGGUGGCAGCCAAGGCCAGGGCCUGAGCCCUGAGGACCUGCCCACAUAUGAGGAGGCCAAAGUGCAGUCGCAGUACUUCCGCGGUCACGCUCCGCCCCCUCCUCCUCAGCCGCAGUCGCAGAGCGCCCAGCCACAACAGCCGCCGCUCCCCGCCUCAGUGGGCGCUGCCUUCUACGUCACCGGGGUGACCGGCACCAAGGUGCGCACAGAGGGCCGGCCGACGGUGCAGCGGGUGAGCGGCACGGGGAAGGUGCACCAGGACGACGGGCUGAAGGACCUGAAGCAGGGCCACGUGCGCUCCCUCAGUGAGCGGCUCAUGCAGCUCUCACUCGCCACCAGCGGCGUCAAAGCCCAUGCGCCCGUCACCAGUGCCCCACUCUCCCCUCAGCUGCCCCCACCGGGCCCGCCGGGUGACUACUACAAGCCACAGCACCGUGGCCCGCCACCGGACUACCCCUUCAAAGGCCUGGGCUCACCCAGCAAGCAGCAGGAGCCCACGGGGCAUUACUACCAGGAGCAGCGAGUCAGGGAGCACUCGAGGGAGGUGCCACAUGUCCGCUACCAGCCGCCGCCCGAGUACGGCUCGUUCAGGUCCAGUAAGGAGGGCUCGGUCCACUCCCAGCGGCCCAUGCACCACCACAGCCCCACCUCCUCCGUCACCUCGGUGGGCUCGCUGUCUCGUGCCCAGUCCUCCACACUCAGCAGCCUGCUCAGUGCCUCGCACUCUUCCCACCCCUCCUUCCCCCACCAGCACCCCCAGAGCCAAGUGGAGCCCUAUCCCAGCAUGGGGCCUCGCAGUCCUCAGGGCCCCACCUCCCACCAGCUGGGAGAACCAUUUGCCCCGGGCCCCAUCCACCCGCAGCUGCAGAGGGGUCACGGCUUCCCCCACGACCCUUACGGCUCCACCUCACGGAUGCACCACCAGCAGCAGCAGCAGCAGCAUCAUCAGCUUCAACAGCAGCAGCAACAGCAGCUUCAAGGUCCUCCGCCUCCACAGCUGCAGCCACCAGUCCAGGCGGGCCAUUUCCCCCAUCCGCACUCCCAUUCCCACCUGCAGGGGGAGCCCUUCGCCAUGAUGGCGCGCGCCCACCAGAUGGUGGACAUGCUGACGGAGGAGAACAAGAUGCUGAGGCAGGAGAUGGAAGUCUGCCGCGAGAAAGUCACCAAGCUGCACAAGUUGGAGACGGAGAUCCAGCUGGUGUCGGAGGCGUACGAAAACCUGGCCAAGUCCUCCUCCAAGAGGGAAGCUCUGGAGAAAACAAUGAGGAACAAGCUGGAGCUGGAGGUUCGCAGGCUGCACGACUUCAACAGGGACCUCCGAGAGCGCAUGGAGACAGCCAACAAGCAGCUCGCCGCCAAAGAGUGUGACGGCUCAGAGGACAACCGCAAAACCAUCUCACAGCUGCUCGCACAGAACAAAGAGGCAGUGCGUGAGAAGGAGAAGCUGGAGAUGGAGCUGAACGCGCUGCGCUCCACCACAGAGGACCAGCGGAGGCACAUCGAGAUCAGAGACCAGGCCCUCAACAACGCUCAGGCCAAAGUGGUGAAGCUGGAGGAGGAGCUGAAGAAGAAGCAGGUGUAUGUGGAGAAGGUGGAGCGGAUGCAACAGGCUCUGGCUCAACUUCAGGCCGCCUGCGAGAAGAGAGAACAGCUGGAGCAUCGACUGCGAACCCGACUGGAGAGGGAGCUGGAGUCCCUCCGCAUGCAGCAGCGUCAGGGUGGCUCCCAGACGAGCGGUGCAACACCAUCGGAGUACAACGCCACGGCGCUGAUGGAGCACCUGAGGGAGAAGGAGGAGCGGAUCCUGGCGCUGGAGGCUGACAUGACCAAGUGGGAGCAGAAAUACCUGGAGGAGAGCGUCAUGAGGCAGUUCGCCCUGGACGCCGCCGCCUCUGUUGCCACACAGAGGGACACGUCGGUGGCGGCGGCAGUAAUAAGCCACUCCCCCAGCAGCAGCUACGACACGUCAGUGGAGGCUCGAAUCCAGAAGGAGGAGGAGGAGAUUCUCAUGGCCAACAGGCGCUGCCUGGACAUGGAGAGCAGGAUCAAGAACCUCCACGCCCAGAUCAUAGAGAAGGAUGCCAUGAUCAAAGUUCUGCACCAGCGCUCCAGGAAGGAGCCCAACAAGUCAGACGCCCCGUCCGCCAUGAGGCCCUCCAAGUCCCUGAUGUCCAUUGCCAACACAGGCUCGGGCGGAUCCGGCCUGCUCUCCCACAGCCUGGGACUCAGCAGCUCUCCCAUCACUGAGGAGCGCAAGGACACCAGCUGGAAGGGCAGUCUGGGCGUCCUGCUGGGUCCGGAGUUUCGGACAGACUCUCUCAGGACGGAGUCGAUCUCGUCGUCACCCUCCCCCGUGCUUCCCUCCACCCCGAUGACGGCAGGCCACUCCAAGACGGGCAGCCGGGACAGCUGCACCCAGACGGACAAGGGCCAGAGCCAGGAGAGCAGCAAGCCGAGCACGCCGGCCCUGCAGAGCAUGACGCUGCCAGCACGCCUGUCCAGCCCCAGCCCCGUCUACAUACCUGACCGCAUCGCAGACGUGCCGGUGUUUCACAGCAGCACCCUGGAGCGGAGGGCACCCGUCCAGUCCCACCCACAGCAACAGGCCCCUCCCCCAGCCCCGCCCACCCAGCAGGACGUGGACAACGACAUGGUGGAGAUCCUCAUCUGACCCUGUGACCUCUGGAACUCAGCUCUGGCUUCUCAAAUUUGUAAUCCCAACAAGCGGAUAGAUGGAUGGAUGGAUGCACCAUCAACACACACACACACACACACACACACACACACACAGCGAAAAGGCCACAGAGCCUCAGCAUUGGAAGACAGUGAGUCUGGAUGAUCAAAACAGGUGUAGAGAUAAAUUCAUUGUCUAUAUCUACACACACACACACAAACCAAAAUGGUUAAAUCUCAAUAUAAUGAGAACGACAGCAUAAUUAACAGACUCAAACACACAAACGUGUCUCCAUGUUCACACACAAACAACACACUCAAUACUCAGUUGUGCCAGAGCUAUCACAGGGCAGUGUGUGGUAAAACACACACACACAUGUAAAUGCAAUGUGUUUUUCAGUCUAGGUGAAGGAUUUCUCUUCUUUUCCCUUCUUGACAUUAACUGUAGCUGUUGCACGAUUCACUGUUGAGGGGACAAAGACGUCGUUUUAAUGCACUACUUUUUCGAGCUGUAUUUUAAUAAGAAAAAACCUUGACUGUGUGACUCGGGAGGUUUAGUGUCAUUGCUGCAGCAUGUACGGAUUCACAGCAACAACAGUGCUGUCAGCCAACAAGCGCGAGCUGCAGCGCUGACAGCAUUUCAGUGAUUAGUGGGACAUUUGGGAAACUUGACUGGCUGCUGAUAGCCGGUGUUAUCCAAAUGUCCAGCUGCUCUAAACUUCUCCUUGCUGACAUGCAGGAAAACAGCAGCGAGUUUUGUUUUUAAACAAAAAAAAAGCAAGAACAAUCUGCAGACUUGCCUCAAGUGCUCAGUUCUCAAAUAAAUGGAGUUU